GCCGAGCGCGGCGGUCCGAGCUCGCCGGGAAGCCGCGGCGCCCGCUCGCGGUGCGGGGCGGCAGCCGGAGGACGCACACGGGGCGUCUGGGGGCCCGAAGGGGGGCGGAAGAUGGCCAAGAAGAGAAAGCCCCGCGGCCGCCAGGGUGAAAGAAAGACAUUUGAUCCGAAUUUUACAGGGCCUGUUGUCGAUAGGUGUUGUACAGAUAUUCUAUGCUGUUUAAUCUUCAUACUUUUCAUUCUUGGCUACAUUCUUUUAGGACUUUUCGCCUGGGAACAUGGCGAUCCCAGGAGAGUGGCCUAUCCUACAGACAGCAAUGGUCAUUUUUGUGGCCUGAAGGGUACCCCCAAUGAGAACAAGUCUAUUUUGUUUUACUUUAACCUCUUCAGCUGUACCCAUCCCGCUGUGCUGAUAAACCUGCGGUGCCCUACCACACAGAUCUGUGUCUCCAAAUGCCCCAAUAAGUUUUUUACAUACACAGAAAUACAAUAUAAAUAUCCGAAAGACAAAGAAUAUUGGACAUAUUACAAACAGUUCUGCAAGUCUAAUAUAUCUGAGCCUUCAAAGACCCUCUCACAAAUAUUAGUGGAUGAUGAUUGCCCAACAGCAAUUUUUCCAAGUAAACCUUUUCUCCAGAGAUGUUUCCCAGAUUUCUCUAAUGAAAAUGGCACUUUAACAAUAGGAAAUCAUACUAAGAUUCAAGAUGGAAAUGGAACUUCAAGGAAUGCUUUAGAACUGAGGACAGCUGCGAAUCAUGUCAAUAAAAUCCUUGAAGCAAGGGCCAUUGCAGUCAAAGUGUUUGAAGACUAUGCAAUAACUUGGCAUUGGAUUCUCAUUGGCUUUACUGUUGCCAUGAUUCUCAGUUGGUUCUUUGUGGUACUUCUGAGGUUCAUAGCUGGAUUACUCUUCUGGGUCUUCAUGUUGGGUUUGAUUGUAGUUUUAGGUUACGGAAUAUGGCACUGUUACCAUGAAUACAACAGUCUUCAGGAAAAGCCAGUGCCUCAAUUAACUAUGUAUAGCAUUGGGAUUCAGACUGAUAUAAGCAUGUACUUUCAUCUGAAAGAGACGUGGUUCGUACUUAUGAUAAUACUCUGCAUCUUUGAAGUGUUUAUCAUCAUCAUGCUGAUUUUCCUCAGGGAAAGAAUCCGCCUCUCCAUUCUCCUGCUGAAGGAAGGGAGCAAAGCCAUUGGAUACAUCCCUACUACAUUAUUUUAUCCAUUUUUAACUUACCUCUUCCUGUCUAUCUGCAUUUGCUACUGGGCUGUGAUAGCAAUUUACUUGGCUACAGCAGGGAUACCUAUAUACAAAGUGGUAUCCCCAGAUGGACUAUGUAAAUAUGAAAAUAAUACCUGUAGCCCAGAGGUGUUUAAUGCAACUGAAAUUGCCAAAGUUUGCCCUGGGGCACAUUGUAAUUUUGCUUUCUAUGGUGGAAAGACCCUGUACCAUCAAUACAUCUCUUCCUUCCAUAUAUUCAAUCUGUUUGUCUUUCUCUGGCUUAUAAACUUUAUAAUUGCAUUGGGCCAGUGUACUCUUGCUGGUAGCUUUGCUACUUAUUACUGGACCUUAAAUAAACCUGAUGACAUCCCCUCCUAUCCAGUAUUUACUUCAUUUGGACGAGCUGUGAGAUAUCACACAGGAUCCCUAGCAUUUGGAUCUUUAAUUCUUGCAUCAAUUCAGAUCUUUAAAGUUACCUUAGAAUACCUGGGCACUCAAAUUAAAGAUUCUGAGAACAAAGUUGCUAAAUUCCUACAAUGCUGUCUGAAAUGCUGUUUCUGGUGUUUCGAAAAAGUGGUAAUGCUUUUGAACAGAAAUGCCUAUAUUAUGAUUGCAAUAUAUGGCCAAAACUUCUGCACGUCAGCAAGAGAUGCUUUCAAUCUAUUAAUGAGAAAUGCUGUAAAAGUUGCAGUUAUGGAUCAGAUCACAGACUUUAUAUUACUUCUGGGGAAACUUCUAGUUACUGGGUGUGUAGGUGUUCUCGCCUUCUUACUCUUCACACAAAAACUCUCAGUGAUUAUAGAAGGACCAACAUCUCUAAAUUACUACUGGGUACCUUUAAUGACAACUGUUAUCGGAUCUUACCUAAUUGCACAUGGAUUCUUCAGUGUCUAUAUAAUGUGUAUUGAAACAAUUUUCAUCUGCUUCUGUGAAGAUCUGGAAAAAAAUGAUGGAUCUACAGAAAAACCCUACUUCAUUACCCCUAUCCUGCAUGGAAUUCUGAACAAGAAGCAACUAGUUCCCCAGAAGCAGAAAAAGUAGAAAAGCACCAAUCAGUGCCACUCAUUUUAAGUGAAGUUGUACAAUUAGGCAUUCUGUCAUUUGAAAGUGAUCUUUUUUAUUAAUGUGAAAUUUCUCUGGUUAUUUCAAAGCAGGGCAAACCUGGCAUUAUCUGAGGUGCCAGACAUUUGCUGACAGUUGUAGCCUCCGUGAACUUGGAUACUUUAUAUACAAUUGUCCAGAUGAAGAGUGAGAUGUAUAUGUCAGCACAUUUUAUAAAGUCUAUAGCCAAAAGUGUUUUAAUAACUUUUAUAACUUGGCAUGCUGUUUCCCAUUACAGCACUUUGAUAGACUUACUUUAUAUAGAUGUAUAUUGCAAAGGAUAUUCAGGAAUUUUUUUUUAAAACACAACAAAUGUAGAAUUAGUUAAUCAUAAAAAUAAUCGAUAGUUUACCAGCAUAUGGUACUAAAUUUGUAAAUAAUGGUGCUAUGAUUAUAUUGAUAUUGUUCAAGCUAAUGGAAAACUCCCUAAACUGUGAUAAACUUUUAUUAAUGGUACCCUAUGAAGUAUAUUUCAGUAAGUUACUCAAGUCUGUAACACAUAUAGAGCUAUAUAUAGGUUGCUUUGAGAGCAUUACUAGGUAAAACCUUGAACCUUCAGAACCCAUUUUGUUUUACUGAAGAUAUAUUUAUUGUGAAGUUGAAUCUGAGUUCUGCAAUGUCAAUUUCAAUAAUACAAACCUCUGACCACGGUGAAAAUACUCGGGGGUGGGGGAGGGAGGGUACAAAAAAAAGAUACAAUAAAAUCAACAUUACUUUAAAAAAAAAAAACCACCUGAACCGGCCACAAAACUCAUGCCUUUGUCUCUGACCCAAAUUAAAAUAAAUUCCUAUUUUCCUAUCCUACCAUUUAGAAGAAGGUCAGUAAGGAUUUGUUUGAGAACACUGAUGGUAUCUUUCCAUAAGCAUACCUGUUUUUCUAGACUAAAUAGAUUGCAUGACUUUAUUCUGGAAAAGGUUCAAUUUCCUCAACUUUCAAUGAGGAAAGAGAAAAGGAUUAGUAAAACACUUAAGGUUUUACCCUAAGGAAAUAGACUAUUAACCCCUUCAUAGUAACCUUAUCUGGUACCUGUAUGGGUUCCUGGGAAGAGGAGGACAAUUCUUUAAGGUAGGAAAUCCUCCCUCAAGGGUAGAAGGGGACAGUUAUUGCUCAACCCCAUCCACUGUGCUGGUCUGAGCAAAGAGCUGCUUUCUGCAACCGUGACUUAAGUCUUCUGCAUGGCAGCACAAACCCCGAAUCAGAGUGUGGAGAUGCAUAUUAUAGGGCUAAAUGUAAAAGUGUAUUUUCUAAGGAUCACUCAACUUAUACCCUUUUGGAUUUUAUAUUGAGCUUAUGGGUAAGGAUUGUGUAUGGACUGACAGAAAGGAACUUGUUGAUCUAAACUUUUGAUCUGAAAUGAUCCAUGGAUCCCAGAAAGGUCUGAAAUGUGAGUUUGUGGAAAAUAUUUAUAUCAAUACUUAUUUUGUCAUCCUGAAAUGUGAAAAUCUAGAUUUUAGAUGGAUUUACAUCAGUUUAAUAGCAAGAAGUCAAUGAAUAGGGGAGAUUUUUUUAAAUACUGCCUUUCAUAACAGCCAUCUUCUUGUCCUCGGUUUACAUUCCGAGACUUAAAUAAUGAAAACAUCACUUGACUUCACCACUUGGCAAGGGACCUUCACGCUCAUUCUCUCUGGAGAAUAUUUCAGAGAAGGGUAAUAAUUUGGCUUCUAGAUGGUUAUAAUUAUUAUAUUAUUUAAUAAUAUAGGAGUUACCACAAACCUGUAGUUAAACAAUUACCUCUAUCCUAAGUGUUCAAAAUUAUAAGAAAUAAAUUGCAUUUGGGAGAACUAAAAGAAUUCAUAAUGAGAAAAUAAAACUAUUCAAAUUUUUAUUGUGUCAGGAUCACACUCUGAGAACUUGUUAUAAAUAUAGGUACCUAUACUCACCAUUUUCACCUCUGUCCAGCUCUUCAGAUAUUCUGUUUGCUAGGGAAAAUUUGUGAAUUAUUAUAACUUUUCCUAGCUGAUUUUUAUAUUGAUGAAAGUUGAAAAAUCACUCCAAGAAUAUAAAUUGACAGAUGAAAAGCUAGUUCCUUAUUUUCUCUGUUGAUUCUUGGCAUUUCUAAGAAUAAUAAAAUUGUGAAAGAUAAAGGAAAUAAAUUUGGAUAUAAAGAUUAUUUAUAAUUAUGAUAACUUCUUAUAUAUCUCAAGUUCUUGCUGUUAUAUGGGGCUCAUGUUCAGUAUGUUAAAGGUUUAGUAUGUCUGCUGAUUUAACCAGAAAAACUCUCUAGACCAUUGAACUUUAUGGAGGAACAUUCUAAACUUGGUAAUAUAUUGAAGGGUAUAAUAUUUAGGUACAGAAUCCCAGGAAAAGAAAUUCAACUGGUUCAAUAUUUUUUAAUAAUUGAACAUGUAUAACAAUAAUAUCGAUAUAUAUGUAAGUUUUAUGUGUAAUAUGAGUUAACUAGACUGUAAUCUAUAUACUAAAAAUCCAUAGACUGCAAGUUUUGAGAAAUGUUUUCACAAUUAUACAUUUAAUUGCUUUUAGAAAAUAGCUUCUAAACUUUUUUCUCAAAAACUGCUAAUUUUUGUAAUAUAUUUCUUUCUAUAUUUCACAAUCAAUAAUUAAUGGAAAAUAUUUUUUGGGGUUCACACCCAGCGAUGCUCAGGGGUUACUCCUGGCUUUGCACUCAGGAAUUACUCCUGGCGUGCUUGGGGGACCAUAUGGGAUGCCGGGAAUCGAACCCGGGUCGGCCGCAUGCAAGGCAAACGCCCUACCCGCUGUGCUAUUGCUCCGGCUCCUAAUGGAAAAUAUUUUUUGAGUAGAAAAUUUUGCCUAACCCAUAAUACAGUUAAAAGUUCUGUAUAUAAAUAUUCUUUCUAUAAGUGUUAAUCUAUUAGGAAACAUUGAACCAUGGUUUAACUAUAACAUAGAAGAUGAAUUUAGAAAUUGCUGAUAAAUCUUCUGGAGUAGCGUGGUUUUCAUAAUUGCUUGCUUUCCACAGAAAGGUCAGAGUUAUUUCCCCGAUCAGGCAGCUAAGAGACAUGUAGUAUUGCAGAAAUCUGACCAGAUUCACUGGAUGAGAUCAUGUGAUUGACAUAAUAACAAGGGCUAAUUGUUUUCUCAUCAUUUAUCUUUACAAUAAUGUUGAUGCCACAGUUUUAAAACAAAGUGUAUCAAAACACUUGAAAGUGCUGUAAAGCAAGUAUGCAGCAGAUGGCGAUAUUACUUCUCUUACAAUCUUGCUUUGAUAUUUACUUUGUGCCGUUCUUCCUCCUAGUGGAAGAUUUAGAAAAAAAUGAUGGUACUGCUGAAAGACCCUAUUACACGAAUCAGAGUCUGAUGAAGAUUUUGAAGGAGGGAAGUGAACAAAAUAAGAAGCAGUAGAAUUGCAAACUCUCGUCAUCCUGCAGCGGUGUUACCUUUCCUCAUCUGCUGGUCUGUGCUACAUUCCUUUCAUAAGUGCUCUAUGUUUGAAACACUGUAUUCAUGACCUUGUUGGCUUUUAUUUGCAUGUUUUAUACCAAAGCUUAUAUUGUAUUUUGUGAAGCCAUCAGAAGUCGCAAGGGAAUUGUUAAUAACAUGGAACAUUUUUAUACUAAGAUCUUUUGUUUCGUAGUUCAUUUUUAAAUAGAGUGGGCUUGGAUGUUUUGAAAAUACUAGUGAGUAUGUCAGUAUUCUUUUAAGAAUUCGAUGGAAAAAGGAUGCGUUAUUAAAAUUGAUAGCUCCUACUAUAUUUUUAAAAUCACAACUGAAAGACUUCUGCAGGGAACAAUGGUAAACAAAGUGAAAUAGAAAAUUUUUUAAGUUUUCCCACUGCUUGACAAUAAAUCAGUAAAAGGACCCCCCCAGAGCAGAUUUUACUUUCUUCAAGUAUAGAAUGUUUCCUAUUAAACAAAUUGCCAAUCAUCCAGCCUUUACUACUUCGUCCUCUCUGACAAAGUGCCUUACUGGCUGUUUAAUGUUACCCAGCUUUUGUGGGCAAGUUUACAAACACUGUUUAAAAACAAAACAAAAAGAAAAAAAAACCUGCAAUGUUUAGUAAUUAAAACAAGUCUUCUUGCUUUUGUUUUCCUCUCAGCUCACUGGUUUGAAACUUUUUGCCAUUUUAGUACUUUGACAUCCUCACUAGAUAGAAGUAUGCUUUUUAGCAUAAACAAUUUCCCUUGCGCCUAGUGGACAUUUGUGAAUGUGUACUACACGCAAGAAAAAAAAAAGCCUGAAAAAACACUUGUUGGGUUUGUGUUUUUACUAAGUGCAACAAGUUAAAAAAACUUUUCUAUAGUAGAUCUUUGAAAAAAAUAGAGCUACAUUUCUCAGUGUUUUAUACAGUUGGAAAGGAGAGCUUCCACAAAUCCAAAAGGGAAACUUUAUCCCUUAAAAGGUUGCCCAUAGAUGUCAUGUACUCAGUAGCUCCAUUUGAAAUGAUUAUCGUCAAGUGAUUCUGUGUUAUAUUAUUUCAUUUUCUAACUUUUGAUAUGAAAUAGUCAUUUUACUUACAACAUGAUUUUCUAUUGCGUCAAUAUGAACAGGAACACAAUUUCUAGUUCAACUUUAACUAAUUUUACUAGUACUAUUAACUUUAAAAGAAAAUGAAUUCAAUUUGUUACUCUGUAUUACAGAAUGAUCAUAAAGCAUUCACCCCAAGAGAAUAUCAGUUAAUGAUAGUUUAUUAAAGCUUUGGAGAGUGAUAAGUUACUAUCAGUUUAUCUAUUAUCACAUUUGUUUAAAUGUGACUUUAUGCCAAAAACAACCUCAUAUGAGCACUGACCCAGAACCCUAUCAUCAGUGUGCUUUUCUGCUGUGCAGAAAUCUUAGAAACAUAUUAUCUAAAUAUCUUUGGUAACGAAAAUGUUUAAUAUUUAAUGAGAUUUGUUGUUACCCAUUGUUUUAAAUUGAUAUGGUUUUUUUCUCCUAAUAAAAAUUUCAAUAAGAAAAACUGCCAUUUUAUUUCUUUAACUGGGGAACUAAAUGUAAUUAUACAAAUGUUGAUUUAUAAU